CAACACUCAUUUUGUGUCAGACGCAACACGACGUGUAUUCCUUGAGAAUUUGGCCGUCAUUUUGUUAAUAUUUGUGUAUUUUGUCGGCGAUUUUAUGUGAUUAAUCAUAAAAAUGGCGAAAUUGGUUGACAUAUAUAAUAGCGAAAAAGAACCCGUGAUUAAAAGACGACAAUUACCGUUAACUAUCUAUGAAAACCUUACAAUGAUUAUGGAUUUAAACACAAUGGGGCUUAUUUGUGACAAUCCCCAAGUGAAAGGCCGCGAAUACGAAGAGUUCAUGCGCAAAUAUAGAGUUCUCUCCACUGACGAACUAAAGGCUGCGCUCAGAGUAGACGCCUCCGAUAUUUUUAAUGUACUGAAUCAAAGCAUUCCUUGUGUUGGCUGUCGAAGAAGUGUGGAACGGCUUUUCUAUCAGUUAUGCAAAUCAGGGCACCCAACGCUAGACCCAUUAGUUCUAACACCAGAUGAAUUGAUGACCAUCAGAGAGGACAAAAUUAUACAUCCACAAUCACUUGCCACUUUGUUAAACGGUCACAGCACGGGCAUAGAGUGUUUGAUCCUAAGUCAGCCGAGGUGGAAGAAGUCCCAGCGGUGCACGCUGCACUCUCUGGAGGCAGGCACGGCGCGUGGAUGGGGCGCGGCGGCGGCAGCGGGCGCGGCGGCGGGCGCGGCCUGUAGCUGGGGCUGGGGCGCCUGGGGCUGGGGCGGCCGGGCCGCGUGGCGCGCCGCCUGGGACGCGAUGCGCGCCUCCGCGCGGGAUCACGUCACCCUUGUGCACUUCAACACCCUACACGACACCUUACACAACUACCUGAGGAAACACCGCUUCUGUACUGAUUGCAAAACUAAGGUCCUACGAGCAUAUCAACUGUUGGUUGAAGAAAAAGAGCCGCAAAAAGAAAAGGGUUAUGUUGGAGCACUAUACGGUGGCAUAAAGAGAUGUCUGCUAGACAAACACUUGCAUUUACAGGCGAAAACCGAUUAUAUCGCGCACCUCAUAGCUCGGGCAGAGCCAGAGCUUCUUGGAAACCACCGUGAAAGGCAUGCAAAGACACUUGAAAUUGCACAAGAAGAAGUGCUUAUAUGUCUUGGAAUAUGCAUUUAUGAGCGACUCCAACGCAUUUCUCUGCGACUUCGCGAGGAAGAAGGAACAUGUCAAACUCUCGCAGCAGUCGCCAUUGAGGCACUGUACCGCAAGUUCGAAACUGCUGUGGAACAAAAGAGCGGGGUCUCUAAACUACAGCUACUGUAUGAUGAAAUUACCCAAGAAGAACUGACUAGGCAGCAGCGAAAGGAACAGAAGAAACUCAAAAGGCGCAAGAAGAAGGAAAGGCAGGCUGUUGAGAGCAAAUGCAAGGAGGUUGAUUCUGAAGAACCAGAAGAAAAGUGCCAAUGUGAAGAAUGUUUGCUAGAAGAAAGAGAUACACCUACUGACCUGCUUUCGCCGCGAGAUUACAACCAGUGCUACGAAGCCAGUGGAGACGGAGACAGCUGCCAGUCGUGUCACGACGACUCUGUCCAACGCCGCUCACCAAAAAAGACCGCCAAGAAAAGGAACAAAAACGGAAACCUAUCGCCCAACGAUCACUCUCAAGACUGUGGCUAUUCUUCAGGGAACAAUGGCGGCUGCUGCGAAACCAUGUCUGGCUCCUCGUCACUCAUGAGCUCACCCGAAGGGUCCGAGGUUGCGUGUUCCGAAGGAUUUUGCAAUCACGAGAGAGGUGACUGUUUAGACUCCAAAAACGAAAAGGGUUCUUGCGCUGGCUUUACGCUUUCUCUACAGGAAAUGUUAAUGGACACGUGUUCCUCGGACGAUGAGCAAGACACCAGUUAUAUUCCUAUAGAAGAGGUUUUAGAAUUCAAAUCCCGUAGGAACAUAACAGAGAAAAGACAAGAACUUCGGCAGAACCUCCGGCAGAAGUUUGCUCAGCUGUGCGUGAAUCCGCCGCGCGCGCAGGACGAUCAAGCCUAGCUCCCAGUCUCUGAGACACUUCAACUGCACUAUAUUCAAUAUUCAAAGUCAUUUUCCUCCAAAAUGACAUAAACAUAUAACUGCUUCAAGGUCUGUAGAACUGUUCUGUAAUGUAUUUUGAUGAACAAUCCAAUUAAGUCAAUCCUCUGGUACGGUUAACGGUUUUGAACAGCAAAGAAACCACAUUCUGCAUGUUUUUAUUUAGGUUACAUUGUAGUUACAGAUAUCUGAGAAGUUGCCCGUCAGUUUAAUCCGAUUCUAGGACCCAAUAGGAUGACCCAUUUCAAGAAUAAAUAGCUUUCAGUAAAUAGAAUAGUUUGUUGUCUAACUUAUAACUACAUCAAAAUGUUCCUUGAAUAAGAUGUUUAAGUUGAAAUGUUAACAUGAAAAUAUAUUCCAUAUUCAAUGUGAUACUAUUUCCUGUAGGUCUGUAUUUUUUUGCUAAAAUAGUAGACUGGAAAAUAAAAUAGUUGCAAUAUUAUGUCAGUUGUUUGUUUCGUCAGCACCAGACUGCAAUUAAAUUAGUUGUUGUAUUUUUAAUUUAAUUACCCUUUUGAGUUACACAUAGUGCAAUAGGACAUUUUGAUUGUAGAUCACAUACUUUACAACACUUGUUUGUGAAAAUAUGUCCACAUUAUCAAGUUCCAGAAUUGAUCACUGUUCCAAGAUGAGGAAGACAAUGGGUGCUUGUAGGUAAUACAGAUAUUGUAGAUGAUAUUAUAACUUACACUCAAUAUCGGUGGUACAGAAAUCUUUGUUAAAUCAUGUUUAUAAAAUAUGAAUGAAAAAUAAUUUUAAGGCUAAAACAAGUGCAAGUUUGAAGAAUUCCAACUGUUUCAAUGAAGAAUUUGACUGGAUAAAACCCAGCAUUUAAAAGAAUAUUUACUAUUUAAAUUGUUAGAAAGCUUAGUAAUGAGAUAUUUAAAGUAGCAUUUUUUGAUCAAAUUAUUUUAUUUUCAAUUUGUGCUUAUGUGAUUCAAUAUUAUGUGGUACAUGAUGAAUUAAUUAUUGCUCGUUAAGAAGCUUCAAAAGGAACGAGGAUGGGAGUUACCUUGGCUAUUUUGCCAUUGUUAUUGAAAUCAAAAACAUUUGUAACUCAGUUUUA